AUGCGUCGCUUGUGUUAUGGUUUUGUCUUGAAAUGGAUGUACAAACGGAAAAAACGUUAUGACUAUUUUGUUUAUAUGAUCUUUAUCAUCCUUGUUUUCGGAAUAUUGUCCUUAAUCAUCGGACAAUCGACUCAAUUAUCCUCAUCAUCAAGACAUUCUCGUUAUGAUGAACGUGAUCUCUUUUUAUCGACCCUACGUGGACGACUCAUUCGUCAAGAUAAAACUGUAAUUGCGAGUGAAAUCGAUCAUCUUACCAACUAUUUGCGAAAAAAACAGCUACGUUCACACAAUGGUACAUAUAUCGCACACAAGUGUCCAACAUUUGCCACCAAAGAUGUAUUUUAUAAAUAUAAAAUAACAGAUAAAGAGGCAAACUUUCCCAUUGCAUUCACUAUUCUCAUGUACGAUAAUCUUUUCCAAUUUGAACAGUUAUUGAGAACAAUUUAUCGUCCACACAAUUUCUAUUGUAUUCAUGUUGAUCUCAAAACAUCGCAAACAAUCUACAAUGUUGUUAAACGUCUCGUGAAAUGUUUAGAAAAUGUCUGUCUGUCGCCUGCUCGUUAUAACGUGACAUGGAGCCGUUAUUCGGUGUUAGAAGCUGAACGAGAAUGCCAAAAAUACUUGUUAAAAUUUCCACAAAGGAAAUACUACUUGAAUUUAGCCGGUAGUGAUUUUCCAUUAAAAACAAAUUUAGAAAUCGUUCAAAUAUUAAAACUGUUAAACAAUCAGAACGAUAUUACGUCAAUGCCCUAUAGUCAGCUAGAACAAAAUCGAAAACAAAAUCAUCAACAAGUAAAAACAGCACCGUUCACCUUAGUUAUAUACAUUCACGAAUGA